AUGUUCGAAAUACGAGAGAAGGAAUGUUCGAAAUACGAGGUACGCUGUAGAGGUACUGGAUUGUGCUUGACGCCCGAGCAGGUCUGCGAUGGUGAUGUGCACUGCAAGGACGGCGAGGACGAAAAGGACUGUGAUGGCGUUUGCCGUGGCGGGUCGAUUUGGUGCAUGGAGACGGGAAAGUGCAUCCCGAAAUGGCAAGUCUGCGAUGGGGUCCGUCAAUGUCCGAGUGGUCGAGAUGAAGUAGACUGCACCUGCAAGGAAUGUUCAGGAACAGGAAAGGCACUCUGCAAUAAUUCGAACGUUUGCAUUGCGCGUUCACAAGUUUGCGAUGGUAAUGAGGAUUGUCCGGGUGGAGACGAUGAAGUGAACUGCCCUGGCAGCUGUGUGCCUAGUUCAAGAAAGGAGCAUGAUUUUAUUCAAUGCAAGGACGGUAUUCGCUAUCAUAGGAAAUAUGCGUGUAGUGGGAUAGUAAAGGCUUGCCAGGGACUGUGUAGCGAAUGCGAUCGAGAGACGGCGUUCACAUGCAAGAACCGGAAAUGCAUCAGAAGGAGUCUGGUAUGCGAUGGUGUGGAUGACUGCGGUGACAAAUCGGACGAAGCGAAUUGUGACUGCUCCGAGAUGAGGCAGCGUAAAGACACGAUGCAAUGCAAAGUGUAUGCUCGCGGCGGUACGCUGAAGUGCAUUCCUUUAGCACGGCGCUGUGACGGCUACGAGGAUUGUCCAGAUGGAGAAGACGAGAAGGACUGUGAAAGAUGCAGGAAUCCAAACGCCAUUUACUGUGAGCCCUCAAAAACUUGCUUGCCAAGCACGAAACGCUGCGAUGGCAUAAUAGACUGCGCAAAUGGCAAGGAUGAACGACGCUGCACUUGCGAUGGUAAGCCGAGCCGACUUCUGCCUGUUAUGCAUAAAAGUGCACUGUGGUGA